AUGACACCGACAAAUGGUAUCGAGUAUGGAGCAGUGCGCCCGUCUUCCACCCGUGUAUUUGAUCUCCUUCCCGGUUACAGAUCGGCGCCUAUCCGCUGUCGUUUUCGCCACAUCGACCUCGAUGACCCUCCUCCGUAUGAGGCCAUAGCGUACGUUUGCGGAGACCCGAGUGCCAUGGUUCCAAUCAGAUGUGAUGACUUCAAACUAGUUAACGCGCUUCGUCAAUUUCGAUUUACUGAUACGCGACGCACGCUCUGGGCAGACUGCAUUUGCAUCAAUCAGAGAGAUGUAGAGGAACGAAGCUGGCAAGUCUUACUUGCGGGCGAUAUCUACUCUAAAGCCUCCCAAGUCUUGAUAUGGCUUGGAGAUGAAGAUAUGGAGACCGAAAUAGCCGUUAGCGACAUGAACCUGAUCCAGCGCCAGAUAUGGCCUCGACGCAGACAAUUGGAAGAGUACGAGGAGAAAUCCAUCUUCUUCCGCACAGACGAUCAAGCAGUGACCACUCUGUUCUUCACUCACGAUUGCCUUGUACAUGUUUUAUGGUUCCCAUGGCAGUGUAUUGCAUUUGAGGAUGCUUGGGUACCUGAGUUUAUAGUACGAAGAAUCUAUUCUCUCUCAAAGUCUUUCAAUAUACCUCAUGCCACGGAUACUAGAAUGGUCAAUUCUACAUUGUAUGUUUCAUCUAGAUCUACCCACUUCCCUCGAUCGAUCGGAACCUUCUCCACUCCCUCUAACGUCACCUGCCCUCAGCAUUACCUUUCAUCACGCCUCUAUGUACAAAGACCUCCAAAGCUUAUGGUUGAUGAUCAAGCCAUCUUCUGCGAAUCCACCUUAUAAGCUUCAUAAAGCAACAAGCCUUCUAUGGCGCAACAAAGUAUCCCCAAGACAAGGCAUCGUCUCGCAAGAAGGUCGCUUUCAUCGUCAACUCGGCCUGAGUAGGCUCCGUUACGUUGAGUUGACAAAUCUCCGGAUACGUGCCAGCAGGGGCCGUCUUGUUGGCGAUGAGCGCCGCGUACGUGUCCAGUGGACAGGACUGGCCAGGUCCAGAUUUG